AUGCAAAUUCCUCAUAGUUUCUCUGUUGCUUAUCACCCGCAAACGAACGGGCAGGUUGAGCGCUUCAAUGCUACUUUCGCCACUCAACUUGCUAAGUACUGUUCUUCCGAUCGUCAUGAUUGGGAUCUCUAUCUUCCGUCUAUCGUCUACGCUUACAACACUAGUGUCCAUUCUACUACUCAGCUUAUGCCUUACGAAGUCGCAUUCGAUCGUUGUCCUAAAAGUCCGUUUGAUCCAUCGUCACCGACUAUCAACCUUCCGCCUCUCCAUUCUUUCUAUCCGUAUUUACAGCACACUCGUCGUCUUCUAACUUCACAUGCUCGUACGAAUAUUCUGAAUCAACAGUCUCACUGGCAACAACGAUAUAACACUAAUCGCAGUAAUCCUUCCUAUGCUGUAGGUGAUCUUGUUUAUGUCACGGUUCCUGCCGGUCGUACUAAACUCUCUCCUCGUCGUUCUGGUCCGUUCUCUAUCGCUGAAGUCUCUGGUACACAACACUAUCUUGUACAUGAUCCAUCUACCGGUAGUCGUUCUUGGUGUCACAUUAAUCAGCUCUCCCCUGUCGUUCCUCGUCUCUUCUGA